UCAGGGAUUGGCCACUGGCGCGCGCGCGAGGAACGCGAUAGCACCGCGAGCGCGUCAAUCAACGCGAAAUCUCCUCCCCUUUUCAGCAGGGUCGGGUGCGCGCGGAGCACCUCCAGCUGCCCAAACAGAAGACGCAGGAGGAGUAGAGGGCUCGGACAUGGGGAGAAAUCAGCACUGGCCCGUCUGAUAGAGAUCAGUGUUUUUAUUAAUUAUAAAGGAGGGGGGAAAAACCCGAGAGGCCUUAGGAGAGAUAAAAAUAAAAAUAAAUAAAAACAAACACGGAGAGAAACCCAUCCCUGGCACAAAGCUGGACGUAAAUCAAUGGACUGAAUGAAGACUGCCUAUAACGCCUAUCGAUGCCUGGCCAAGGAUUUGGAUGUGUACGCUAUGAACCCGGAGAUGACAAUGGACAUUGGCAGCCUAAGCCAUGAGCAGGACUUGAUGAGCGGCCACAGCCCCCAUCACAACCGCAAUCCGGGGGCUUCCUUGCGGAUACACCAGGAUCUGACCGUGGCGCCGUCGCGCUCCGCGAUGGUCUCCAGUAUGGCUUCGAUUCUGGACGGCGUCGGCGUCGGCGGCGGAGGAGAGUACCGUCCCGAGCUGUCCCUGCCGCUCCAUCACGCCAUGAGCAUGCCCUGCGACACCUCCCCAUCCGGGAUGAGCGGCACCUACACCACCCUGACCCCUCUGCAGCCCCUGCCGCCGAUUUCCACCGUGUCCGACAAAUUCCACCACCACCAUCAUCAUCACCAGCGUCUCUCCGGGAACGUGAGCGGCAGCUUCACCCUCAUGCGGGACGAGAGGACUCUACCGGCCAUGAACAACCUCUACAGCCCCUACCACAAAGACAUGAGCGGGAUGGGACAGAGCUUGUCCCCUCUGGGCAACGGCUUGGGCUCCAUCCACAACACGCAGCAGACGCUCCACAACUACGGCGCGCACAGCCACGAAAAGAUGCUGAGCUCCAACUUCGACGCGCACACUGCCAUGCUGACCAGAGGGGACCAGCACCUCUCCAGAGGCCUCGGUGGCCCCGCUGCGGGCAUGAUGCCGCACCUCAACGGGAUGCACGGGCAUCCGGGCCACCCUCAAUCCCACGGGCCCGUGUUGGCUUCCAACCGGGACAGAUCGCUCUCCUCCUCCUCCUCCUCCGGGGCGCCGGGCUCCGGCUCCGGGCAGCUGGAAGAGAUCAACACCAGGGAAGUGGCGCAGCGCAUCACGGCCGAGCUCAAGCGCUACAGCAUCCCGCAGGCCAUCUUCGCGCAGCGGGUGUUGUGCCGCUCGCAGGGCACGCUCUCCGACCUGCUGCGGAACCCCAAACCCUGGAGUAAACUCAAGUCCGGCCGCGAGACGUUUCGUCGCAUGUGGAAGUGGUUACAAGAGCCCGAGUUUCAGAGGAUGUCGGCCCUUCGGCUUGCAGCAUGCAAAAGAAAAGAGCAAGACCCAAGCAAAGACAGGAGCAAUACACCAAAGAAGUCGCGGCUGGUUUUCACAGACCUGCAGCGGCGAACACUUCUGGCCAUCUUUAAGGAGAACAAGCGUCCGUCCAAAGAGAUGCAGCUGACCAUCUCGCAGCAGCUGGGUCUGGAACUGAACACUGUCAGCAACUUCUUCAUGAACGCCCGCAGACGCAGCCUGGACAAAUGGCUGGACGAGGGGAGUCCGACCUCCAGCACUUGUACUGAAGCGUGAUCCCGGAGAGGAGAAAAUCAUUCGGAAGGGCAACGAGACGAGAGAAGCUGCUUACCGGCUCGAAGUCAUCCAAACAUCAGGAAUAACACUGCUUUCUCUGCUCCAGUCCAAAGCAAUUGACACCAAUGAAGGAUUAAAACCAAUCAAACACAUGCUUAGCUUUACAUUUGGCUUUGAACUGAGGAGAAACCCAAAGCAUUUGCAUUGCACAUCUACAUUCACUCGACAUUAGCUUUGUAUUUCAUUUCCUAAAGUGUGUGUGUGUGUGUGUGCGUACUUUAAGUUAUAAGAAUGAAUCUCACAAAAACAAGUCACAUUUAUUGCAAUAUUUUAUAUUCUGCUAAUAGAAUAUUUUUGUCUUGUUUUUGAGUACAAAUAAUGUACAUUUACUUGAGAAACAAAACAAAAA